CCUCCGAGAGGGAGGGGGCCUAGUGGUGAUGCUGCUGCUUCUGCCGCCUCGAAUGCUGAUACUCUAGUGAGGCUGGAAGGGUGGUUCCUAUUCGCACCGUCGCCAACCAGAGAGUGAGGGAAAAAAAUCCCAGCAGCCGCUGCUGAUGUUGGGUUCGGAGGCUUCAUCCGACUCGGUCACAAGGAAAAUGGAUUCAGUUUGCAUCUCUCCCUCCUUUCAACAGCUUCUCCGGGUCUCAGCAUGGGCUUCUAGGACAGCGGCUGAGGAGACCUUCCCGAGGGGCAGCACGCAGUAGCUGCUGAGCCAUCGCACCCGGGAGAAGCAGCAGUAACAUGGCAGCCCCUGCUUGAGAGGAAUUAAACACCAACAGACUCCAUUCAGAGAGGAACAAUGUCCAAGAAAGGGCGAAAUAAGGGCGAGAAGCCCGAGGCGCUCAUUGUCGCCCUUCAAGCUGCCAACGAAGACCUCAGGACCAAGCUCACAGACAUCCAGAUAGAGCUGCAUCAAGAGAAGUCCAAGGUAUCUAAGCUCGAAAGAGAGAAAACUCAAGAAGCCAAGAGGAUCCGUGAGCUGGAGCAGCGCAAGCACACGGUCCUGGUGACCGAACUCAAAGCCAAGCUCCACGAGGAGAAGAUGAAGGAGCUUCAGGCCGUGCGGGAGAAUCUCAUCAAGCAGCAUGAGCAGGAAAUGGCCCGGACAGUGAAGGUGCGGGACGGGGAGAUCCAGAGGCUCAAGUCGGCGCUGUGUGCGCUCCGGGACGGCAGCAGCGACAAAGUAAGGACAGCGCUCACCAUCGAGGCCCGCGAGGAGGCCCGGAAACUGUUUGAUGCAGAGCGCCUUAAGCUCUUACAGGAAAUUGCGGACCUGAAAACGGCCAAGAAGCAGGUGGAUGAGGCGCUAAGCAAUAUGAUCCAAGCAGAUAAAAUCAAGGCUGGGGACCUCAGGAGUGAGCAUCAGUCCCACCAAGAAGCCAUCUCCAAGAUCAAGUGGGAGUCGGAGCGGGAUAUUCGGAGGCUGAUGGAUGAAAUCAAAGCCAAGGACAGGAUCAUCUUUUCCCUGGAAAAGGAACUGGAGACCCAAACAGGCUAUGUACAGAAACUUCAACUGCAGAAGGAGGCUUUGGAUGAACAGCUCUUUCUGGUCAAGGAGGCUGAAUGUAACAUGAGCAGUCCGAAACGAGAAAUUCCUGGAAGGGCAGGAGAUGGCUCUGAGCACUGCAGCAGUCCUGAUUUGCGAAGAAAUCAAAAGAGAAUAGCUGAGUUGAACGCCACUAUAAGAAAAUUAGAAGACAGGAAUACCUUGCUUGGAGAUGAACGAAAUGAAUUGUUAAAACGCGUGAGGGAAACCGAAAAACAAUGUAAACCUCUUCUGGAAAGGAACAAGUGCCUCGCCAAGAGAAACGAUGAACUGAUGGUGUCUUUGCAGCGCAUGGAAGAAAAACUAAAAGCCGUUACCAAGGAAAAUUCAGAAAUGAGAGAAAAAAUUACAUCUCAUCCACCCUUGAAGAAAUUAAAAUCUCUGAAUGACCUCGAUCAAGCUAAUGAAGAACAAGAGACAGAGUUUCUAAAACUUCAGGUUAUUGAACAACAGAACAUUAUUGAUGAGCUCACAAGGGACCGGGAAAAGCUCAUUCGUAGGAGAAAGCAUAGAAGAAGUUCCAAGCCAAUUAAGAGGCCUGUUUUGGACCCAUUUAUUGGCUAUGAUGAGGACUCCAUGGAUUCAGAAACAUCAUCCAUGGCCUCAUUUAGAACAGACCGAACGCCAGCUACUCCUGAUGAUGACUUGGAUGAAAGUCUAGCAGCUGAAGAAUCUGAGCUACGAUUCCGACAAUUAACAAAAGAGUACCAGGCUCUCCAAAGAGCCUAUGCCCUCUUGCAGGAGCAGACUGGAGGCAUCAUUGAUGCUGAAAGAGAAGCCAAGGCUCAAGAGCAGCUCCAGGCAGAGGUGCUAAGGUAUAAAGCCAAAAUUGAAGAUCUGGAAGCGACUCUGGCUCAGAAAGGGCAGGAUUCACACUGGGUAGAAGAUAAACAACUUUUCAUUAAGAGAAACCAGGAGCUUUUAGAAAAGAUAGAAAAACAAGAGGCAGAAAAUCACCGGCUCCAACAGGAACUGCAGGAUGCCAGAGACCAGAAUGAGCUGCUGGAGUUUCGAAAUCUAGAGCUAGAAGAAAGAGAGAGACGAUCCCCUCCAUUUAAUCUGCAAAUUCACCCAUUCUCAGAUGGUGUAAGUGCUCUACAGAUCUACUGUAUGAAAGAAGGUGUCAAGGAUGUGAACAUCCCUGAUCUCAUAAAGCAGCUUGAUAUCUUGGGUGAUAACGGGAAUUUAAGAAAUGAAGAGCAAGUGGCUAUAAUUCAGGCCAGCACUGUGCUGUCCCUGGCAGAAAAGUGGAUCCAGCAAAUUGAAGGAGCAGAGGCUGCCCUGCACCAGAAAAUGAUGGAAUUGGAAAGUGACAUGGAACAAUUCUGCAAAAUCAAAGGCUAUCUGGAAGAAGAACUAGACUACAGGAAACAAGCUCUCGACCAAGCAUAUAUGAGAAUCCAGGAACUAGAAGCGACUUUGUACAAUGCUCUGCAGCAAGAAACUGUUAUCAAGUUUGGUGAAUUAUUAACUGAAAAACAGCAAGAGGAGCUGAGGACAGCAGUGGAAAAGUUACGGCGGCAGAUGCUGAGGAAGAGCAGAGAGUACGACUGUCAGAUUCUACAGGAGAGAAUGGAGCUCUUACAGCAAGCCCAUCAGAGAAUUCGUGACUUAGAAGAUAAAACAGACAUCCAGAAAAGACAGAUAAAGGACUUAGAAGAAAAGAGUAACCGAAAACAUGGAUAAGACCGCAGAAAAGCAGAUACUUCUAAACCUUCAAAGAUGGCAGAAAUGUUUACAGCAGUGAAAGGGAGAUCAAAAGCUUAGAACUAUAAUGUAGCCAGGACUACAACUGUGUAUUUUAAAGCCAUUAUUCAAGGUUUCUUACUUGACAGUUCCUACAUGACCCUGUUGAAAAUCUACAAUAUAUGCUGCAUUUAAUGAAACAUGUAUAGGUCAAACCAGAAGGAAAGAACUAUAAACAUAGAUUGCGUGAAGAAAACAAUUCAGCAAUGGAAACAGUUUCAGCAGAUCAAGCAAAGAUGUGUCUUGGGCAUGGAACCAAAGUUACAAAGAAACAUUCUACCCCUGCUGUGCAGGGGAUGUCAUUUUAAUGUAACACUACACCCCAUGGAAUCGCUAGUCCUGAAAUAAACAUCAUUUAAAAAAAAUCAAACAAAAAA